CUAAAGUAGUGUGAGCGCUAAGAAGGCGCCGGAUGCUCCGUGAAUGCGCAAGGAGGGGGCCCCAAUUAAAUUUGCCGCGGGCAAAAUCCCUGGCUGUGAUGUAGGGUCAGCCGCCGAUAAGAGCAACACCCCCGCGAGCCGCCCAUCAGGCUUGCCUCGGGGGGCUGGAAGGCUGGCCUUCCAGCCAGCCUUCCCCGCGCUUCACUUCGAUUGAUAACCAUUCCGUGCCCGGGAAACACAGACAGGGCUUCCAGUGAAUGCAAAGCCCACACAUGACAGAUCGACAAUGCACUGGGGAAAUUCGAGACCGAGAGCACCACAGAUCAGUGGCAAAGCGAAGCAUGGCAAAAAGGUCGACAAAGUUGCGAGCCACAGGCAGUUCCCAGACAACGAUCUAAACAAGCAUAUGCCACGACUCUCACAAUCUUGGAAGGACACCAAGGACAACCUUUUUGCUCUCAUAUUGCGUUCCGCGCCAGAUGCCCGACAACAGGCGUCUCUAUCACCGCCUGAGGAUUGUCAUACUUCACAGGGACAACCGAGUCCUCCGGACAAUCCGAGUCCCGGUGCACGUCGUUCAGUGACCAAAGGUAGCCCUCAGGAUAAACAAGCCGGGCGGCUGAGAGUGGUGCGAAAGCCCAGCAAUGGCUUCCACCACUUGGAAGAUCGCGAGAAACCGACCGACUCGAUCCAUUCCAUGUUCCGAACAAAGAACAAUCUGCACCACCCCGAUAGCCACCAGCAGUUUGCUCAAUGCGAUUUCAUCUACGACAUCGUCCUCAUCAAGUCAAACAACAGUCUCAUGCGUCGGCGUAUGUUGGUUGACUUCGAGACAGAGGUCAAUGUCAUGGACGACGAAGUCUACAAACGAAUGAACGUCCGAAUGCAGCCGUACUAUGGGUUCGCAAUCACCGUUCUGGGUCGCUCGGAUGUCAAACCGCUCGGGAAGGUCCAGGCAACAUGGUCGAUCUACGGCCAUGGGAAGGCCUACUGCACGGAAUUUUAUGUUGUUCGAUGGGACAGUUUUGACGUGCUCUUGGGGAAGAGGUCGGUUCGUGAACUGGAACUUCACCGCGUGGAUCCGGGGAUCGCGGCGCGAUUGCAGCAAUGA